AUGAGAAAGUACGACAAACUACAACAGAAAGCCACGGACGAAACAUUGACGCUGGACAGGCGACGGACGGUGGUCAACCUCUCUAGCCACACAUUGAGCGAAGCAACCACAGCAAUUCUGGCCAAGGGGAUGAAUUUCGCAGUCGCACCUAAGCGUGUUCCAAAAGAAGAUAUCAUAGAAUCCGUAGAGGCUUCGGUACGUCAUCUGCCACAGGCCGAGGCGGAGAAGAUCCGGCAGGAAACGGUCAGAGUUCUGAAUAAAGCAAAGCCACCGGAGCAAAACAUCAACGCUGAGGAAUACCAUGCCAUUAAGGAACUCAGGGACAACCCCCACUUAGUAGUGGUACAGGCAGAUAAGGGCAACGCCACUGUAGUCUUGGACACAACUGAUUACAACAAACGAAUGGAAGAUAUUCUCGCAGAACCUAUCUACAAGAAACUUCAGGGAGAUCCGACGGCCAAGGUAGCUGAAACUGACGUGUUCACGGGGGUCGCGUCCUGA